GACUUUGCUGUAUGGAAACGAAAUUUCUAGUUGUCUUUUAAUCUAGAUUACCUUUCCACAUGAUAAGCGACAAAAAAAUCAAUAUAUUUAUCCAUAUUGACAAAACAGUAUACAACAAGUUAAUCAGAAUUUGUCGAAAGUCUUUCCCAGCUGAACUUUCCGCGUUUGAAACUUUAAAGAUCCUUGAAGGGAGAGAGCAGAAACGAACAAAGUGCAGCUCGGAAGUGCAGACUUCUCGCUUCCCAGCUGUUGAUGUGUUGAACACUUGACGCAUGACAGUCCGAUUGUCAAAAUGUAUCGCCUGAAUUCGGUGUCUCGUGUGUCGAGAUGCGCGUUAUCAAAUGUCAGUUUUAUUCGCUCGACGACGAAUGCGCGACGUGAUGUACUACACGUCUAUAAAAAUACCUCUGUAAAACCGCCGCGACUCUGCGCGAGGAUAGAUAGAUGCCGGUUCAACGAUGGGCACAGGCCGCAGGGGAGAAGGUCCAGGAUGCUUCUCGCCGUGUCCUUGCCUACUUUAAUUUUAAAUUAUAUUUAUGAUAUCGAGAAUACCGACGAGGAAGUCCCGGAAGUCAUUAUGACGAUCAAACGAGCUGUACUGUUGAUACAGAAGGGAGAAUGUGACAAGGCGGAGCAAAUGCUGCACGUGGCGUUGCGUCAAGCGCAAACCGUACAGCAUUACGACGCUGUCACGUAUAUCUAUGACGUAAUGGCCAAUCUUGCUUUCGACACUGGAAAUUAUCGCAAAGCGGAGAACUUGUUCGUAUCAGUUUUGCAGAGGCUGAUGUCGAAUGGAGCCACGGAGGAUGACAUACGAGUCGUCCACAUAAGCCUGAAGAUGGCCAAAAUAUUUGAACAUUUAAGCGAGGCAAAGAAAGCGGAGCAGGGCUAUAAAUUUUGUAUGGAGCACUUAAAAUCGCACGUUGAAAAAGAUCCUGACAACGAAGACGCUGUACUGCUGCAGGGUAUGGCCUUCGACUGGUACGGGCGAUUUUUACUUGCACAGUCUCGACAUACCGAAGCUUUUAACUAUUUCCUUCAGGCUUAUAACAUAUGUAAAAAGAUGAACGGUGAAGAGCACGAACAGACUGUAGUUCUGCUUAAUGACUUGGGAACGAUUAGUUGUAUACGAGGAAAAUAUGAUGAAGCUAUUAAAUAUUUGUCUGCUGCAGCGAAAAUAGGGGAAAACCUACCCGAUAUGGUUGACUUGGGUUCGAUUCACGUGAAUCUAGGAAAUGUGCUCCUAAAAAAGGGUUUAUACGACGAAGCCAAAAAAUCCUGUCAACGAGGAAGAAAAAUAGCUAAAAGCAGAGACGACAAUAAUUCUUUCUUAGAAGCCGAUGAAUGCCUCAAGGAAGUAAAGAGAUUACUGUCGUUGUAAAUCGUUGGUUGUUAAAAAUAGGUGAGAAUUUAUGUGAGAAUGGCAUCUGUAAAUAUGUAUAGAAAAAUUUAAAAUCAAUCAUUUCAAGAAUUUUAAUGAUUGUAACAAAGGGCUGAAUGUAGCAAAAUACAAUUUUUUUUUUUUAAAUAAAAUGAGCUAUUUAUUGUUUGGUAUUCGACGGACUAGUCACUAUUGAUAUAAGAACCGCACGUUUGACCUCUGGAAUGUUAAUGAUACAUUGGUAUAUGCAGUCUCUUUGAUAUCACUUGUGUAUCUUCAGUUUUUACAUUAGAUUUGUUAUAUUCUGUGUCACAUGAGCACAUUAAAACCUCAUUUGUAAUUUAUUCUAUUAUUAAAUAGAAAGCUGCAAUGUAAAAUAUUAGAUAAUAUUUAUAUGUAUGAUACAAAUAAUAGCGAUGUAGAGCAUGUACAUACGCGUACACACUUCAUAUUUGUAUAAUACAAAUUUUGUGCGCAGAUUUAGAAUUUUCUGAAGGAACAUUGUUGAAAGCUUUUGCCAUCUGCUAAACAACACGAUUGCCACUUCGAUACAUUAUAGACUGUGUAUUUAUGUACAGUUAUCUAUUAUCUUCACAAAAUAUUUUAUAACAAUAAAGAAUAGCAAUCUGAUAGCACCAAUA